UGGAAGCUUUCCUUGGAGAUUAUCGGUAAAGGCUAAAGACAAAAACAGCAUUUUUUUCCUAACCCAGAUCGCGAUGUGAACCAAUUAUUGCACCAAUUUCAUCACCAAGCCAACAUCUGUGCUAAACGAUUUCGAAGCAGGUAGCCAUUACUGAGGCAUUUCUUUUUACAAAAUGACAUUUUUUUCAGGAGAUGACUUGAUUAUAAGUAAAUCAAAUUAAGGUACAAAUUAAUAAUGAAUAGUAUUAUGCUGUGAGACGCCUCCCUUAAAGUGAAGCUCAACAAACUCUGAGCUCAAGGCCAAUGUUACAAACGUUCUUCUGUACUUGACACUCCCUCUUGGAUUAUUGCACUGGUCCUGAAUUCCCUGCACCCCGUACCAACUCGCUACUAAGGCCCCACACCCCCUAAAAAGUGUUUUGCUACAUCCCGCAACCCUUAGAAAUAGAAGAGAAACUAUAAAGUUUGAAAAUACGUUUGUUUAUUGAAUGAAAAAUUAACUGCACAGCUUUGGAUAUGAACGUUUGAUUACUUAUUACAUAAAAUGAACUUGUGCUUAUUAAUUACAUCAAAAGAACUUGUGACUACUUAUUACAAGAGAUAAAAUGCUAAUGAAGAAGAUGUAAAUUUGGAGAGAUAGCACCGUGGCCGCCGUCUUGGUGGCUGCGACCUACGAACUUAUGUACUAAAUGUAAUAAUAAUAAUAGUAAUAAUACAAUUUAUUUAAAAAUCCCGUCUCAUCCCUAAAGGCUCGAAGCGUGGUACAAAGUCAACCACAUUAAAAGUGAAAAGAAAAGAACUAUAUUUUACCACAUUGAAAUACAAAACGUAACAUUACAAAAACUCCAUACGAGAAUACCCAUCUUAAGUCUCUCAUCCCUUGCAACCAUAAACAGACAGGCCAAUAUGCAGCCAGGAGACAAUAGCUAGCUGGAAAAGACGUCAGACAACAUCAAACUAGCAGGUGUUUGCGAAAUAGAAGUGUUUUCUUUUUUCUGUUUUGAAAGAUUUCAGUGUCUGGCUGUUUCUUCGAGCGACAGAAAGUGUGUUCCAAAUUUUUGGGCCGGCAAAUGCUAAAGUGCGCCUUCCUUAAGUCUCAAGGUAAACAUGUGGCAUCGAGAGUUUACCAGUAUCGGAACAGCGGAGCUAUCUAGUGGGUACAUAAGUCGUUAUGAGCCCUUUAAGAUAGGACGGCGCUAGGUCAUGCAAGCAGCGGUAGCACAGAGUUGCAACUUUGUACUCUAUGCGAGCGCGGACCGGCAGCCAAUGCAACUCUCUCAGAAUUGUUUUAGCACGGUGAAAUGUAUCCUUAAACCUAACUUGAACUCUUAAUUUAUCCCUAACCUUAGGUUUGACCCUAAUGGAACCAGGGUUUAGACCCUAUUAUAACCAGGGACAAAACAAGCAAACGACGUCAUGGUGCUAUCUCACCAAAAUAGCCUAAUAUUUUUUUUUUUGAAAAUUUAUUUCACAAUUUUUAAGCUAUUAUCUGCUCUAUUUUUAAAUCUCUUUUUCUCACACCCCUUGAAAUGUUUUCUAACACUCCUUGAAAUAUCUUUUCGCACACCCUGAAAUACCUCAUAACAACCCCUGACAUGUCUUUCUUUUCCCUCUGGGGAUGGGAAUACCAUAGGUUGAGAAACAUUGUCUAAAGACAUCCCAAUAUUAAAUAACUGAAUCAUGAUUGCGUGAAAAUUCAAAUAGUCAAAAUAAAUUUAUAUUCUCUUUGAUUCAUUUUCAUAAAUUAAACAUAGAUUUUGACACGCAUAUACCUAGUCAAGAUGGAAUCUAACACAUAGCCAAAUCUAAAUUAAUUUUUUAUUGGAAAGUUCAAACAUUUGAAAUCCCUACUACAAAUCAUCAACAAUUAAAUUAAAUUAUGACGAUUUUUCAUAGCUUAGUGCGUUACUUGUCGAAAACAUAUAGCGUCAUAGUAUUUACGUUUUUUAAUCAAUAAUUUAUUGACUUUCUCGAUUAAGUUGAGGAGGAAGUCAAUAAUCAUCACUACCAUGCCAAUAGGAGAAACCGCUCCCAAUGGGGUGAGUUGCGUGUAAAAUGUCUUACUUACAGAUUAAAGGAUGUACCGUGCUGAAUAGUCUUAGUCAAACAUUAUGACGCAUGGUCAGUCUUAGGCGUAUCUAAAUCUUAAAUAGGAUAAGAAAAGUGGUAAUUUAUAUCCAUCAGUUGAUAUUAUGGAUUUGAGGGUUUGUGUGUAAAACAUAUCCAUGAAUUUAAAACGGGUUGGAGGCAUUAUUAUGCAUAUUAAAAUUACGGAUUAGAUUGUUUUGUGUAUGGAAUAUCCACCAUUUAUAAAUGGAUUAGAGGCUAUUGUAUGCUUAAUGAAUCCACCAGUUAAAAAGUGGAAAAAAUAAUGUUGUUUUCUAUUUCCAUUAAUCCUGUUUACUUUUACUGUCAAUCCCAAGCUGUUCACACCUCGUUGUUUUAGUCUUGUUAUUCUCAUACAAAAAAGCCCAUUUUUGUUCUCUUAUGUAAGAGGUUUAUAAAGUAACGGAUUUUUUUUUUCUGGCACCCAGCAGUCGCAAUGUGACGAUGGGGUAGAUUUUGCAGUGCGAAAUCCAAAAGGCUUGGUAUUAUUCUUUUUUUAACAUAGUUCCCUACACAGCAAAUCGCCUCUCUCCACGCUGCUAGGUAACCCAAUGGAGCUUCAUAUGUGGAUGCAUGAGCCCGUCACCUGUGGGGUCUCAGGGGUUGUCGGAAUGUUUCAUAGUGUCAAUGGUAUACGCCUAUGGGAUUCCAUCUCCGGCUUUGAAAGCAGACUUUCCAUUUGUUUGAGUCGCCACCUAAGGUUAACGAGCCCCCUUCAAACCAGGUUGAUGCUAAUGUGUUUGCUUGACUGGGCUAUGUAUGGUGGGGAUUGAACUCUAGACUAGAAUUUAAGAUUGACUAAGUUUAGACCACUCGACCACCAGCACUCAAAGGAUGUCACGGUUUCAUGCUUACAGACUUUUUAUCUUACAUUUAGCUCGAAACAAAGAGAUUUGGUCAAGCAUGUAGCUAAUUACUUUUGAUGUUAAAUAAAGCUUGAAUAAUUUUUUUAAUUAGUUUUUUUUUUGACUAACUUCCCUGAUCUCACCACCCGUCCUGAUACCGUUAACCUUGGAACUUAAAUCCGGAUCUACUAGACGUUUACCAAUGGUACCGCAGAUGCGGAAGAACCAGGUGGAUUGUUCAACGUAACGCUGAAUAUGACCACAGCGCUCAUAUUUGAUAACACCACCCGAUUGUAUGGUAAUGAUGGUCUCAUUGGUACCCCAGAACCAGAUUUUGUAAGUUGUACGUGCUUUCGGUCAUACCAUUCUACGCAGUUCAUCCAUCCACAACAUCCUUCCAGCCACCAGCCUUCUAUCUACACAUCCAUUCACACAUCCAUCCAAUCAUCAGCCAAUCAAUCCAACCCCGUAUCCAUCGAUCCACAUAUCCACCCAUCCAGUCAAUCAUCCACCCAUUCAUUAAUCCAUCCAUCCAUCCACCGUUCCGUCCAUUCAUACAUCCAUUCAUCCAUCCAUUUAUCCACGCAUCCAUAAUCCUUUUAAACAUCCACGCAUCCAUCAAACUACCUAUCAAUCCAUUCACACACUCUUUUUACUCAUAUGCUAAUGACAAAUCUCACUGAAUGUUUAGUUAUAUAGUACUUUCCAUCUAAAUAAUGAUGCAUAAAUUUAAAAGAAAAAUAUUUAACAGAAUUUAAAGUUAUAAAACCCAUGUCAAAUGAUUUAAGUUUGGAGCGUGUCCGUCCAACAACGGCUGUAUGUUGGACCGUAACAUUGGUCACCAGCUGAAAACCGCCAUCAAACUUUUAAAUAAAGCGUUUAAUUUCCGGUUAUUCCAAGGUGGCAGCCAAUAGGUCAACAGCAAACACGACAUAUGCGAUCAGCGAGCCCGAUGUGAUCGUCACCGUGACCACCCGGAGAAGUGAUUUCGAGGGCAUCACUACCACCAUCAGACAGGAUUCUGUGAGUACUUCCCUCACGUGUUCUCGUCACUGAUCGCGUAGGGGUUUGCCACAUCGAUUGGGAUAAUUUUUGCGAUCGUGUAGGCAUUACAAAUUAUUCGACCUUGUCGAUCACCUAAGUGAGGGCACACCCGUCAAUGUUACUCUUGCCCUUAAAGUGAGAACCAAAAGAUAUGGGGAUCCAUUUGUUCCCCAAUCUCAAAACAGAUACUUCUCUCUCUAACAAUUUCCAUACCGCUACCUGAUGGCAAUGAUUUCAAUACAUAAAAUUCCCGAUAGAUUGCGCAAAACAGAAAUUUGAAUUCUUAAAAAUACCGCAAUUGCGUUUGAUGCGUGUAAGGGUCGUUCGAGCCCCAAAGGCUUCGCGUUCUACAGGUUGAGAACCACUGGUCUAUUAUCAAUUUAAAAAAAAAUGAUUUUCAAAUCAGGAUGUUUAUACAUAUGCUGAAGAUGAACACGUACAGCGCAAAUGAUCAGGUCAAUACAAAAGGAUAUACUUUUAUUUUAUUUUUUUAUUUUCUCUCACGGUUGAUAACGUUUGUAUAAUGCAACCUGUGAGCGUGUUUAGCCCUAUGGCGUCAUCCGAAUUCGCUCAGCUCAAAUCUCAAACAUUAUGAUCUGAAAGAAACACUGAUUAUGAUGAUAUUUUGUAGGAAUAGUGGAGCAGCAGUGGUGUAGGAGGGAGUUGUGCACGGAUGGGGUGUCUGUGUGUGUCGUCCCUCCAUGAUGAUACAUUUCUUACAGUUUCGGUCAUUUUCGGUCAUCGGUAGAUUUUUUUAUCGUAAAAGGUAGUGCGUCAGCAAAGUUAUUGGCUCGUCCCGGGAGCCAGUUGCCCUACCGUCUCCACUCUGGGGCGGGCGUAGCCUCCCCCCCCUCUUAAAAAAAUAAAUAAUAAAUACAUAAAUAAAUGAAUAAAAUAUUGAUAUGUUUUAUCAGAAUUUUCGAGACGUCACGAACUCGGAGCAAAAAAAAGAUUUCCUCCAAGAGCUUUUCGGAAGCGACACAGUGAAGAUCGUCUUGGCCGCCGCCGUGGGUCUCGUCAUUCUGGCAGUGCUGGUCUUUGUCGUGCUUUCAAAGCGCCGGAGUAGUAAGGCCAGCGCUUCGAAAGCCAAGCAAGGUAAGAGCAAUGCAUUGAUAGACUUACAUUGACAUCAAACCAAUUUAGUCGUGGGAUGUUAAAUCAAUUUUUGACAUCAGCAAGUAGGUACGAGGAAAGUUACGAUUUACGUUUGAUGAUUGACAUGAGGAAAGGCACAUGUGACAUUUGAUAGGAGGUAACGCACAUGUGACGUUUGACAGGAGGCGAGGCACAUGUGACAUUUGAUGUGAGGCAAGGUACCAGUUACAUUUGACAUCAGGCAAGGUACAUGUGACAUUUGACAGGAGGCAAGCACCUGUUAAAAUUUGACGUGAAACAAGGUACCUGAGACAUUUCAUAUGAAGCAUGGUCCAUGUGACAUUUAAAACAUGGCCAGAAACCUGUGACAUUUAAUACGAGGCAAGGGGCUUGUAACAUUUGAUCUGAGGAAAGGUACCAGUGGCAUUUGACAUGAGGCAAAGCACAUGUGACAUUUGACAUGAGGCAAGGUUCCUGUGACAUUUGACAUUAGGCAAGGUACCUGUGACAUUUGACAUCAUGCAAGGCACCUGUGACAUAGGAGUAUCAGUGUUACCUAAGUAGAAAAACCAUGAAAUCACAGUUUUUUUAGCCAUCCCCUGAAGUACCAUAGUCACUUAACUUGGAAGGCAUGACCCACAUCAAAAGUACCAUAGUCACUUAACUUGGAAUGCCUGACCCACAUGCGCCCUAGUACAUUUUGUUAAUACAUUGCCGCCAUUUUGAUUUUCGUUUAUCGCGAUAAUUGAUUAUCUCAACGCUUUGUGACAAAACACUAGGCAAUCGACAUAACCGGGUUCCACUGUAGCAGAGUAACGCCUAUGGUACCUCUGGUAAUGUCAAAGUAACACUGUACAGCCUAUGGUACUUUUGGUAAUGUCAAAGUACAACUUUAUUGUCUAUGUUUCUUUUGGUAAUAUUAAAAGAACGCUAUUAUGCAUACACACAUUUCGGUAAUGUCAAAAAUCCUUAUGAUGCCUGUGGUAAUUUUUGAUUUAUGAGACACUAAAAACUCAUAUGUCAUUGGUUGCUUGACUGCGCGAAAAAACUCUGUCAAGGGUAGCUUGACUGAUGCUAAAUAAUCACUUGCCACCGGCAACUUGACUGAUGCUAAAUAAUCGCAUGUCCCCGGUAACUUGACUGAUGCUAAAUAAUCGCAUGUCACCGGUAACGUGACUACUGCUAAAUAAUCACAUGUCACCGGUAACUUGACUGAUGCUAAAUAAUCGCAUGUUACCGGCAACUUGACUGAUGCUAAAUAAUCGCAUGUCACCGGUAACAUGACUGAUGCUAAAUAAUCACAUGUCACCGGUAACUUGACUGAUGCUAAAUAAUCGCAUGUCACCGGCAACUUGACUGAUGCUAAAUAAUCGCAUGUCACCGGUAACAUGACUGAUGCUAAAUAAUCACAUGUCACCGGUAACUUGACUGAUGCUAAAUAAUCGCAUGUCACCGGUAACUUGACUGAUGCUAAAUAAUCGCAUGUCACCGGCAACGUGACUGGUGCUAAAUAAUCACAUGUCACCGGCAACGUGACUGGUGCUAAAUAAUCACAUGUCACCGGCAACUUGACUGAUGCUAAAUAAUCACAUGUCACCGGUAACUUGACUGAUGCUAAAUAAUCACAUGUCACAGGCAACUUGACUUGUGUUAAAUAAUCGCAUGUCACUGGUAACUUGACUGAUGUUUAAAAACGUGUAUGUCACUGGUAGCUUGGCUGGCGCUAAAACUCUCAUGGAACUGUUUAGACUGAAAUGUAACAUUCUCCUGCAGUAUAGCCAACCCGAAUGGCAUCAUUGGUCAUUAGCAAUUUAAACUCAUAAAAAUCAGUACAGUAGAACCCGGUUAUGUCGACGGCCUAGUGGUUGUUCUUUAUGUGCAUGAUGUGCGUUAAUAAAUGAGAAUAACUCUAAUAAACGUAAUUAAUCCUAAAUUCAAGCUAUACCUCAUUUAAUAAUUUAAUUCAAUGAUAACUAAUAGACUAUAGGGCCUGAGACUAAUAUGUUUCAGGCCUAGACUGGGUCUAGGUUCCUUUAUAUAUUAGAUUUAACAUAAGACUGACUGAUUAGACGGUAUAUGAUUAGAAUAUUAAUAGUUUAAAUGGUACUAAAUGAAGUACUCAUUUUAGUCUUAGAGUUAGGACAGCUUGCUUAGGCCCAUACUUUGUAGACCUACCUUUUAUUAACGAAUGUUAUAAACAUGUAAGUUAUAUUUACAAAAAAUAAAGAUAUAUCUGUAAUAUUAGGAACUUCACUAAGCGCGCGCAGAUAGAUUAUUAAGAUGUGGGAAACAGACCAUAGUUUAAGUUAAAAAUAAUUAAUAGGCUAAAGGGCCUAAUCCUAAUAUGUUUUAGACCCACUAAGUUACUUUAUAUUAGGUUUAGACUGACUGAUUAGACUGUAUCCUGUAAAUGAUUAGAAUAUUAAUAUUAUAAGUACUUUAUUUGUGAAGAAUUCAUUUUUGUCUUAUUUUUUGGACAAUUUGCUUAUGCCAUACUUAGUGGACUAACUUUCUAUUCACGAAUGCUAUAAAAUUUUAAGUUAUAUUUUAAAAAAUAGGUCUAUAAUAUCUGGUGCUUCACAUAGCGUCGCGCGCCGACAGACUUUUAGGAUGCGGGUAACAGACAUAAACUCGUGACCGCUCAAUGCUGGUAGGUCACGUGGUCAUAGGGAGAUCUACUUCCAUUUGUCUACGUAAGGGGGUGACAAUGAACUUAGUAUUUUCUAAUUUGUGCGCACGAGGAGGAAGAUCAUUACAACAUAAACCUUAGGGAUUCUUUCACUCCUGUAGUUUGAGAAAUAAAUCAUUAUUUUUAACUAUGCUACUUCUCAUUGCGGAGUUAAAAAACCGGCGACUUUUUAUGGGGAUCGAGAUAAAGACGGCAAAUUUAGCCCCCAUUUUGUUCUCGAGAUGUUAGGGUUCGGCGACAUAAAAAAAAAUCGACAUACCCCACAUAACCGAUGAGAAAAUGCUAAGGAAAAAUAGAGAAAUUGUUUUGCACUUCAAAAAACGUCGAUUUAAGAAGGUUGGCGAGUUAACCGAGCUCGAGAUAAGUGGGUUCGACUGUACUUUUGUAUAACCCAAGGUACCAUAGACAUCAGAGUGUUACUCUGACUGUAGCCAAGGGUUUAGACGCCAUAGAGCUCUCAUGGAGUUAUGUGGACAGAGCCACAGUUUCCCAUUACUUACACUGUAACUGUUUUUCUGUUUAAUUUAUACCAUUAUUUAUUAAUUUUUUUAAAAAGUUUUUAAUGUAUUUUUUAAAAACUAAAGUAAAUGAGCUUUCAAAAAAAAAUUUUUUUUUUUUUUAGAUGUAUACAAUUUUUAUAUUUGAUCUGCUGAGGUGUUGUGUAAGUCAAAAUUAGUUCCGUAAACCAGCUCCUUUAUAAUAACAAUGAACACGUUUUUUUAAAACUAGUUUCGUUUUAUUUUUGGUGUUAUUUUUUUUUUUCAUCCGUCCCAUGUGCUGAGGAAGGCUCUUAGCCAACACGUUCUUGUUUUGUCGUCGUUUAUUUCUACUGGAGCUUCCCCGUUCCCCUUUUCUACUCUUUCCCUCACCACACAGCGUGAGAGCAAACCUUUCUUUAUGGUCUAUCUUUCAGUGGGCGAGUGGCAGACACAGUCACAGCCCAAAGAGCCUGAACCAGAUGCGGCUGACACCCUCGAUGGAGAGUCGCGAGUGUGACGUGGCCAAGUCGUCUACAACCCUUCUGUUUAAGCCGUAAGCCCAAUCAGAUGUCCGCAUCGGUGAAUUAAUUGAACUAGGAUGACAUAAAAUAUAUAAAUAUACGUCAAUUAUUCAUUUUAGAACAUCCUGUGUAGCACAUAUAGAGCAUCUUGUGUAGUACGUAUAGACCAUCUUGUGUAGUAAAUAUAGAACAUCUAAUGUAGUACAUAUAGAACAUCUUGUCUCGUACAUAUUGAAAAUCUUGUGUAGUACAUAUAGAGCAUCUUGUCUAGUACCUAGGAUUUAGCACAACUGAAUCGGAACAUCUAAAAAAUAACCCAUGUUUCUUUGGUUGUAUAACUCUGAAAUAUCACCAUCUGAAAUAAUGAAUAAGUAUGAAAUUCCCAACUAAAUUAGCACACCAUAAGUAGAUAAUUAGUGUAAACUGAUCUGAAUGGGCACACCAUAAGUAGAUAGUUAGUGGAAACUGAUCUGAAUGGGCACACCUUAAGUAGAUGAUUAGUGGAAACUGAUCUGAAUGGGCACACCAUAAGUAGAUAAUUAGUGGAAACUGAUCUGAAUGGGCACACCAUAAGUAGAUAAUUAGUUGAAACUGAUCUGAAUGGGCACACCAUAAGUAGAUAAAUAGUGGAAAGUGAUCUGAAUGGGCACACCAUAAGUAGAUAAGUAGUGUAAACUGAUCUGAAUGGGCACACCAUAAGUAGAUAAUUAGUGGAAACUGAUCUGAAUGGGCAC